AUGAGCCACCGCGGCCUCGCCGACAGCCCCCUUCAGCCAGCCCCGCCAGAGCCCGCCAGAGGAAGCAGGGCCGGGCCAGGGAAGCAGACAGAGGCCCUCGCCGCCUCCAAGCAGAAACUGCAGAAGCGAAAGCAGAUCACCGCCGUCGCCUGCCAGGCCUGCCAGCAGCGGAAAAGCAAGUGUGAUGGCCUCCGUCCAGCGUGUUCGGCGUGCCAGCAGAAGAACAGGACCGACUGCUAUUACGACAUGAACGGGGACCAGCGCAGGACGGCCGCACUGAAGGAAAAGAUCAAGCUGCUGCAGGACCAUGGCGAAGAGCUGAAAGAGAUUCUGCAGAUCGUCUGCGAGACAAGUGACAGAGACGACGCCAUAGAUCUCGUCAAACGACUCCAACAGGCCAAUUUCCGCAACGCCACCGAGAUACUGAGCAUCUUGAAAACCAAAGUAUCCGGCCACACACUAGACGCUUCGUAUCGACGUGACGAACCCAUCGACACGGACUGUGAGGCCGGAAGCCCACUGUUCUCACCAGGUGUGCCGUGGACGCCAUCCCCACAAUCGCCCGUGUACUCAAUUGCAGAAACACCUUGGGCAUCAGAGACGAAAUGGAACCCACUUAGCACAUAUGUUCCGAGUCCGUCGGAAACCUCGAUCCCCAUGUAUGCGGCGUCCUCCCACUCAUUCCAGGCGCCGUCUACACUCUUGAGUAGUGGACAACAAAGCAUUGAGAGCUUCUGCGAACCAUCAACGAGAAACAACUCGCAACCCACCAACCAGACUCAGAACCAGCGAUUCACCUGGCAGAGUAAAAUGGCAGACGUCACUCACGUACGUUGCUUUGCCAACACAACUGAGCCUGUAAGUCUUGACGGAACGCUCAGUAUCGAUGGCAUUCUGGUUCCUAUCUACCUGGUACGGCCUGUGUCCGGCAAGUACAAAGAUCUGAUGAGCGAGCGGCUCCAGUUGUUCGUGAAGCAAAAGCGUCAAAUGAUCCAUGAUGGCUGGUCAGUUGAGCAGGUACUAGGACCCCUAAAACUGUAUCCCCCUGUGAACAACUAUAACAGCAUGACGGAUUCGCAGAGCAUGACUCCCAAUGUGUGCGAGUGGGUCGUCUCGAUGAUGAGCUGGAUGAACAUCGACCGACAUCCUGAACGAAUGGCCAUGACGCUUUUAGGCGUUCUGUUCCUCACGUGGGCCAUCGUACCUACUGAGGAGAACUACCAGGCCAUGCCUGCCUGGAUGCGGCCAACUCCCAGCCAGAUCAUCGUGCCUCAUCCCGCCUGGAUCGACUUGAUUCCAUGGCCUGAAAUACGCGACUUCUUCAUCCGCUACGCCGACCAAUCACAUGGCAUGGAAGUUCUGGAGACCUUCGUCUCUAGCCUCUCUGUCAACUGGAACUUGCUGCUCUCUGAUGUCGCCGUCCUGAUCCCAAACACGAAUAUGUUCGCGCUCAGCCAGUCCUUCGAGGUAUAUAUCCGUAACCUGGACAACUGGUCCCUCGACCCGGCCGUCUUACACGUGUAUCCAGACCUCGCAGGCAUGGCGUGGUUCACCCCAUCUGCCAACAGCUCGUCGGGGCUGGAUAAGAUGGAUGGGCAGUAUAUGUUUCCAUGA